GGGAAGAGCUCGAUGGGAUGCAGCAUUCGAGCGCUCUGGAUUCUCAACCAGCACCGCCAUGUCGUCUUCUCCAGGCGCUUCCCCACCGUGGAGAAGAAAUGGAAGAAUGCGCGAUCGAAGCACGGCGAUGGCAUCUGCUACUCGCUACCUUCCGAUGCGCAGCUCAUUCAAUCGUUUGUAGAGAGGAAAGAGAGAGAAGGCUCGUUUCGAGGACUUGCUACUCGUGAGGAGUAUUCCCAGCCUGGCUCCGACUCUUGGGUGGAUGAUCCGAUCACUCGCUCGAUCAUCAGCCUCCAGAUCCCAAAACCGGAUGAAAGUGGCGAGUUAUAUCUCUUGUGGCCGAUCGUGUUUCACAUCCGAGGACCUUUCCACAUUUUGGUUCUUCCGUUCGUGGAACCGCAUCAUCUGGCAACGUAUGAAAACCUUUGCUGGCGAGCCGACUGUGGAGGGCCUGUUGCGAACGGGCAUAAUUCUCUUUCGUCGUUGCUUUUGGAUCUUCCAUCCAUCACGGGAGCUUUUUGUGUCGCGCAAACUUUGGGAGACUUGAUAGUUGGAGAAGCUUUAGAGCCAGAGAUCAACAUCAAUCCUUCGUCGACGAUGGGGGGACUGCUGGACAGCAUAACCGGAGGCAUUGGAAUAGCGAGCAUCACUGCUCGAGCCAAACCAGUUGCUGCUCCUGUGGCUGCGGCGGCCACUGCGAUAGCCGCUGGUGUUACUGGCGCUGCUCCGGCGGGAAUACUCGGGUCGACCACCACCAAGGGAAUCCUCAAAGCUUCGGACAAGGAAGCGUUGCUCGGUUUCAUCACAAGUGCCAUGCCUUUCGGUAAGUUUGCGAAAGUUAGUUCCAUCGUUUUAUUUCGUCUUUGGUUUCCAGGCACUCCUCUUGAUCUUAAUCCCAUAACCAUCAACGCCAUCAAGGCAAAUGGCUUCUCUGCGCAAGAUAUACCACCACAGGAUCAGAAGCAACCAGCUUGGAAGCCAUACCUUUUCAAGUCCAAGCAGAAACUCGUGUUCGCUCUUCACGAGGUGGUCACGGCUGCCUUGUACGACAGGGACGACGUUGCUGAUGUUAUCACGCUCAAGGGCCAGCUGCUGUGUCGAGCAGACUUGGAAGGUCUACCAGACGUAAACGUCCAGCUCUCGUGUCCAAGCUCGGGUGAGAUCGACGGAGUAACAUUCCAUCCUUGUGCUCAAGCUCUCGAUCAUGGACCGGAUAAGCAGACAAUCACUUUCUCGCCACCUCUUGGGAACUUUGUGCUGGCCAAGUACAUGGCAACGCCAGCAUUCCGGCCACCUCUCCAAGGAUUCUAUCAGCUCUCCAUGGUUUCUGACGACGAGGGCGCUUUCUUGUUCCGGAUGAAGCUUUUGGAAGGCUACAAGGGCCCGAUAGUCAUGGAGCAGUGCUCCUUGAGCAUACCGUUCCACAGGAGGACAAUAGCUGCGCUGGAUGGAGCUCCUUCGAUGGGGACUGUGUCCAAUACGGACCACUCCAUUGAAUGGAAAAUCCUUGCGGGGCAUCGCAGCACAAUCUCGAAGAGCAUGGAGGUGACGUACUCUGGAACUGUCAAGUUUGCCCCCAGGGCCGUGGACACGAACCAGAGAGACACAGUUGGAUUCUCUGAUGACGACGAGAUUGACUGUGGGAACGAGAACAAGAUGGACAAGGCAGACAUGAAUCUUGUAGCUGCGAAGUGGGAGGAUCCGUUUUGCUGGGAAGCCUACAGCUACGCCAAGGCGUCUGUAAAACUCGUCGGUGGGACAAUGUCAGGAGUGUCUAUCGACACUAAAACGGUAGCGAUAUAUCCCACUGCUAAAGUCCCUUGCGAAGUUUCUUCCCAGAUAAUAUCUGGAGAGUACAUAUUUUGGAACUCCUUGGGAAGAUAUCCACAUGUUGCUCCAGCCUAGAAAGAAAGUGCGUGGCUCGCGCGAAUUUGAGCAGCAAAGUUCUGUCUGGUGGAGCUGGAGCUGGAGCUGACAAGUAGCAAAGUUUGUGAAAGCUACCAAACAGCCGCGAGUUUUAGAGCCCAACAACGACACUCGAAUCUCCACUCCAAUUUAUGAUCGCAGCAAUCGUCGCUCGCUCGCUCGCUCCAUCGCUCAAUUCGCUCUCCUGAGCAGAGAGAAUGAAUGGCAUUGGAUGGGACUAUAAAUCCAACGUUUCGCCAUCAUGGUAUAUCACAAACAACACGAACAAGAGGAACUCUGAUAGAGAAAAUCCAAUCAACCAUGUGGGGUGAUUGUGUCUGGCAGGGAAGCUUGAUUUUGACACCGUAGCCCUCAGCACGGGCGUUUCUACGUACAAACGCCCGUUGUCUACGUACGAACGCCUCCUGGCCGCCAGCGUUUCUACGUACAAGCGCUACUAGCUAUGGACAUUCUUGUGUGAUGAGGCCAGUGUGUGUGUUGACUAUAAUCCAUCCGGCCGAGAGUUUUCUUAAAA